AAAUCUGUUUAUGCUUUUCCUUGGCCUCACUAUAAAUUCGGACAUUUUUGACUCCUCCUCUCGGACAAAGACUUGCCACCCCGUGUUUCGUCAAAGUUUUUUUAUUUCUAGCUUUUGGCAUUUCUCCCCUUUUUGCGGAACAAUUUUAGGAACGCUUAAAAAACUUUUGCUCUAGCAUUAACAGAGGCGCACAGUGUAUAGCGAACACUCUGCCCUCCAUGUCACCCCAAUACGACAUAGAACGGAACGGGGAAGAACCAGGGAGGCCCGCAGGAAAGGAGGUUUGGAACGUAGCCCCGUGUGACGCGAUAUGACGACCCGAGGGGCGUGACAUACCGGAAAACAACAUGCUGUUUGGCAAUGUGUCAAGACGGUAUUUCCUGAGAUUUUAUUCAGUAGUAACGGAUUUCUGCCUAAUCAAGCAAUCCGAUAAGGUAUUCAAUACCAUACCUAUGUUUUACCAACUCAGGGUUGCCAAUAAGAUGUGGUACCAAGGCUAAGGUCGGCGAGGCAGAGUUCUUGUUCGGGCCGUCCUUGCUCCAACUACCAGGCUAGAUCUCUCUUAGACAUGGCUAUGGUUCUCUACAUUGGUUUGCUCCAUCGUCUUCUGUUGGCAUGCCUGGUCUCGUCCGGCCUUGCCUUCAGUGCCGAAUACACGUUUGAUGUUAACAUUUUACCGCACUCUCCAGCGGUGGAAAUAGGAAAGAAUUUUACUGCAACAUGUAGUCUGGCCAUUACAAGUGAAGCAACUGCAGAUGACCUCAUAUGGUACUCUACUUUGAAGAUUAUUCCUCGGGAACAGUACAACAAAAUCAACACUAGUGCUGUCAAUGUCACUAUCACAAUCACUAGUGAAACACCAUCUCGGUUAUUUUGUCGAGUGAACAAAUCUAAGGAUACCAAGGAUACUUAUGGCAUUGAACUUCAUAAAGGAUAUCCCCCUGAAAGGCCAGAAAAUCUCUCCUGUGUGGCUCUCCAGGUGGACAAAAGAAUAUCGAAUAACGUUACCUGUUCUUGGGAUACUCGAAAACGUGGUACUCUGAUAGAAACAAAAACCUCACUGUUCUUUAGUUCAGGCAGUGAUGAAGAGAAAGAGAAAGAAAUCAAAGAUGCCGAUAAACACCGCGGGACAGUCACGCUGUCUAUUUUCCCACAUCAUAUGAAUGCAAAAGUUUGGGUGGUAUCCGAGAAUAAACUCGGAAAAGUGAAGUCCGACGUCCUUGAAACGGAGGCUGACCGGUUUGCCAAAACGAAUCCACCCUUCAACGUGGUAGCCAUCAGUGAGAAGCAAUUUCCUGAAUCCCUUCUAAUAAACUGGUCACAGCCUAUUAAGAAUGUCUAUGUGAAACUGAUUUAUCAAAUCAGAUACUGUAAACAUGGCUCUCAAACGUGGAGCGAGAUACCACUUGAAGACACUGCGAGGGAAAUCCAGUCUUUUAGACUACAAUACCUCCGACCAUACACACUCUAUAUCACUCAAGUGCGAUGCAAAAUGUUUCGAGAGGGCUUUGGUUAUUGGAGUGAUUGGAGCCGUAAUGCUACUAAAAUGACACCAGAAGACAAGCCAAAGAGUAAACCGGACUUAUGGCGGACUAUCAACAAUACAGAAGGCAGUAAUAGGAAGACGAUGCAUAUACUUUGUAAGGAUCCUGAACUGUCCAAUGGACGGAUCAGAAUCUUUAAGGUCAAGAUGCAGUCUCUUCCCUGGAAGGAGGUGGUGGUGAACCGUACGGGAUCUGAGGAUCUCGCUGUAGAUCUCAGACAAAUUCAGGACCCAAGAGGCAUCAUCUUUGUCGACGUCAUCGCCUGCAAUUCUGUGGGACAAUCUCCUAAGGCGUCGCUAAAAAUCCCCCGAAAUCCACACCAGUUUCCACCGGUAAACAAACUCAUGUGGAAAAGCGACAAAGGCCAGCUAUUGAUCGAAUGGCAGACACCCAACGUCUCUGCCGGUGGUUCCCCACCCAAGCAUAAUCUGACGGAGUAUGUGGUUCAGUGGGUGUCUGGGAAGGAUGGAAAGAUGGACUGGCAGAGAGAGAAUCGGAGCACAUUAAAAACGUUCAUCAGAGGAGACCUGGAGAAUUUUAUAUACUACAACAUAUCGGUUUACCCGAUAUACUCUGAUUGGAUUGGACAGCCGGUAACCAUACCAGCCUAUUUAGAACAAGGAGCCCCGUCACAGCCUCCCAGCAUUAAACAGGAAUACCUUGGGAGCGACAAUGCUAAGCUUGUGUGGACGGACAUUCCUCAGGAAAAGCAAACGGGCUUCAUCGUGAACUACACCUUGUAUUACUUCACGAACGAAAGUGACGUGCAAGCCAUAACACUGCCAGCAAAUACCUACUCGUAUCAUCUGAAGACCUUGUCAAGUGACACCAACUACUGGACCAAGGUUAAGUCCUCCACAAUAAAAGGAUCGGCGACCAGCCCAGUACAUAUGUUCAAAACUGCCAAAUACGCACCGGGAGAGGUGAAGGGCAUAGUGGUCGGAGCUUGCCUCGGAUUCCUGUUUUUGCUUCUAGGAAUAACAAUUCUAUGUUUUUAUAAGUGGCAGUCAAUCGAAAGUAAAUGGUGGCCGACCAUUCCAAAUCCCGAAAAUAGCAGAAUUGGAACCUGGACUCCUGAUUUCCAUUUGAAAAACGAGCCACCCAAGGAGAACACCCUGGUGGACGUGAGCGUGGUGGAGGUCGACAUGCUGGACGGCAAGUCCGUGUUCGAGGAGGACAGGGCCGGCCUGCCGCUGAAGAAGGACAAGUACCUCUCGGAGGAGCACAGCAGCGGCAUCGGCGACUCCUCCUGCAUGUCGUCGCCGCGCCAGAGCGUGUCGGACAGCAGCCACAGCAGCGACGAGGGCGGGGACCUGGGGGAGACUGCGGCGGGCGCCGUGCAGUACUCCUCCGUGGUGGCCUCUCAGGGGUACAAGGGUCAGAACCCCAACGCCGCCGCGCACGGCCAGCCGCUGCCGCCGCAGCAGCAGCAGCAGCAGCAGACCACGCCGUCCUUCAGCAGAUCCGAGUCCACCCAGCCGCUGCUGGAGUGCGAGGACGGCGGCGGCGACACGCCGGGUUCGAGCGGACAGUCGCGCCUCCUCUCGCCCGGCGGCGGUUACCGGAGCAAAACGUUGGACCACGGGAGUGCUCGCUGUGCUGAGGAGCGCGGGGAACAGGGGAGCGCGGUCUUACUCAGGUUCUGGCCGGGGGACCAGGCGUGUCAGCAGUCUGGGGCUCAGGACGCAGCAGAGAGCCCCGAGUUCCUGGAAGCCGUGCCAGCCUCCCACUGCAUGACUAAGUUGGUCGGCUACCGGCCCCAGUGAGGGUCAAAAAUGGAGGAGCUGUUGCAUCAUAUUGCACUGUGGUGCCAUUUCUUUUUCAAAUCAAAUCUGAACAUUGAACACGAAAAAUGUAGCAAGUCUUCAAUGCACUGCCAAUUAUGAGUGGCUGCUUUUUUUUUUACGUCCUAGUCAUACCAGUCAAUGGUUAUUAUUUUUUUAUUUGCAAUUAGUCAAACUUAUUUUCGCUUUGUGUCAACUAUACUGAAGGCAUGCAUGGAGAUUUUCACAUUAAAGUAAUCCUAAGUGUU